GUAAAUCAUAUGAAAUUGUGUUUUACCUUUCUGUAAAACUUAUUUUGUGUUUCAGAUCAGGAAUGUUGGAGUCUGGUAUUGACCGAAUUAUUUCUCAGGUUGUGGAUCCAAAGAUCAACCACACGUUCAGACCUCAGGUGGAGAAAGCUGUGCAUGAGUUUUUGGCCACCCUAAACCACAAAGAGGAAGCAAGUGGCAGCACAGCCCCUGAUGAUGAGAAACCAGACUCUUCCGUCAUUACACAAGGUGUCCCAGUGCCUGGACCCAGCGCUAAUGUAGCCAAUGACGCCAUGUCAAUCUUGGAAACCAUAACUUCUCUUAACCAAGAAGCUAGUGCAGCCAGAGCUUCAACAGAAACAUCAAACACCAAGACCAGUGAGAGAGUGUCCAAAAAACUCCCAUCUCAGCCCAGCACUGACACUAGUACUGAGAAAGAGAGAACUUCAGAGGACAUGGCUGACAAAGAAAAGUCUACACCCGACUCUGCAGGGGAAGGACAGGAAACAGCCCCCAAGUCUGAAGAAUUAAAUGAUCUCCCUUGUCCAGUUGAGGAAAUUAAAAAUCAUACAAAAGAGAGUAAUAGUUCAAUUCUGCUAAAUAAGGAUGCUCAACAGGAAAGCAUUGACCAAAAAAAUAAAUCAACGGACAAAGGUGAAAAGAAACCAGAGAGUAAUGACAAAGGAGAAAGGAAGAAAGAAAAGAAGGAAAAGACUGAAAAGAAGUUUGACCACCCAAAAAGGAGUGAGGACCUACAAAAAGCGAAAGAAGAAAAGCAAGCAAAGGAAAAAGAAGUAGAGUGUUCAAAACUCCCGUCAGAAAAGAAUAGUAAUAAAGCUAAAACCAUUGAAGGGACAAAAGAAGAUUGCUCUUUGAUAGAUUCUGAUGUGGAUGGACUUACAGACAUCACAGUUAGCUCUGUCCAUACCAGUGACCUUUCAUCUUUUGAAGAAGACACCGAGGAGGAAGUUGUAAUGUCUGAUAGCAUGGAAGAAGGAGAGAUUACGUCAGACGAUGAGGAGAAGAACAAGCAGAACAAAACAAAAACUCAAAACAGCGACCCCAGUGAAGGAAAAGCAAAAAGCGUGCGGCACGCUUAUGUUCACAAACCAUAUCUUUACUCAAAGUAUUAUAGCGACUCUGAUGAUGAACUUACCGUAGAACAACGACGCCAGUCUAUUGCUAAAGAAAAAGAAGAGAGGCUUUUAAGAAGGCAAAUUAAUAGAGAGAAACUUGAAGAAAAACGAAAGCAGAAGGCAGAAAAGACAAAGUCUUCAAAAGCUAAGAGUCAAGGCAAAAAUAGUGUGGACUUAGAAGAAUCAUCAACAAAGACUUUGGAACUGAAAACCCCCAGAAUUAAAGAAGUCCUUAAAGAGCGGAAAGUAUUAGAGAAAAAGGUAGCCUUAAGCAAAAGAAGAAAGAAAGAUUCAAGGAAUGUUGAAGAGAAUUCUAAAAAGAAACAGCAAUGUGAAGAAGAUUCCAAAGAAACUCUCAAGACAAGUGAGCAUGGCGAAAAGGAAAAAGUGUCCUCUUCAAAGGACCUGAAGCAUGUUCACGCAAAAAGCGAACCAAGUAAACCUGCCCGGAGACUUUCCGAGUCGUUGCAUUCAGCUGAUGAAAACAAAAAUGAAUCCAAGAUAGAGAGAGAACACAGAAGACGCACAUCCACCCCCGUCGUGGAGGAAGGGGCACAGGAAGAGGCUGACGCAAGAGAUGGGAAGAGGCAGGCAGAACGGUCAGAGGUUGGCACCGAAGAGCCCCAGAAACAGAAGAGCACACUUAAAAAUGAAAAGCAUCUAAAGAAAGAUGAUUCUGAAACACCACAUGUGAAAAGCCUACCUAAGAAAGAGGCAAAGUCCUCAAAGGACAAACCUGAAAAAGAGAAGACUCUGUCAGAAGACAAAGUGUCUAUGAAACAUAAAUAUAAAGGUGACAGUCUGCAUAAAAUGAGUGAGGAGACGGAGCUUCACUCUUCUGAGAAAAGCUUAAAAGUGGAUGAAAAUACUCAAAAGCAAAGUCAGCAACCAAAACUGUCUUCGGAUGAUAAAACUGAACGAAAAAGUAAACAUAAGAAUGAGAGGAAAUUAUCAAUUUUAGGCAAAGAUGGGAAGCCAGUUUCUGAAUAUAUUAUAAAAACAGAUGAGAAUGUUCGUAAAGAAAACAAAAAAGAGAGACAUGUUUCAGCCGAGAAAACUAAGGCAGAACACAAAUCAAGAAGAUCAAGUGAUUCUAAAGUUCAGAAAGAUUGUCUGAGUUCAAAGCAACACGGAAUCCCAUUGCAGAGAAGAAGUGACAGUUAUUCAGAGGACAAGUGUGAUAUGGACCCAACUAAUGUGGAUAGUAAUUCGAAACCAGAAGAGAUGGUUCACAAGGAGAAGCGAAGAACAAAGAGCCUACUGGAAGAGAAGCUUUUGUUAAAGUCGAAACCAAAAAGUCAAGGCAAGCAGUUAAAAGUAGUUGAACCGGAAUUACAAGAAAGUGUCGCGAAACAAGUGACCACUCCAAAACCAGAUAAGGAGAAGAACGCAGAAGAGAUCAACCCAGAUAGACAGCGAAAGUCUAAAGUUGAAGACAAACCUUCUGAGGAAACUGGUGUAGAAGCUGUAUCGGACAGUGCCGCUUCUUCACACGGGGUACAGAAGGACUCUUCGAGUCACAGAGCCAAGUUACCGUUAGCAAAGGAGAAAUAUAAGGCUGAAAAAGAUUCAGGCCCCUCCAGACCUGAGAGGAAGUUAUCAGAUGGGCACAAAAGCAGAAGCUUAAAGCAUAGCAGUAAGGAAGUGAGAAAAAGGGAAGAAAAUAAAUCAGAUGACAAAGAUGGUAAAGAAGUUGACAGUAAUCACGACAAGGCCAGAGGGAAUAGUUCGGUUAUAGAAAAGAAAUUGAGUAGGAAGUUGUGUGAAAACCGAAGAGGAAGCUUAUCCCAAGAAAUGACCAAAGGAGAAGAAAGAUCAGCAAACACCUUGGGCACCACCAGUAGUUCCUCCAUUCAGAGACCAAAAAGGAGUGGUGAUACCACAUCAAUGCUUGAACAAGAGCCAAUGGAAAUUGAGUCCGAGCCAGCUGUUGAAAAUGUGUCUGAAGCAUCUAAAAGCCAAGACAACAGCAAUACUAUCUCUCAACAAGACAUUGACUCUGAAAAUGUUACGAAACAAAAAACCGCAGUCCCGGUUCUAAAGGAUGAAUUAAGAACUUCCACAGUAGACUCAAAAACAGCAGCUCCAGCCUGUAAAUCAGGACGUGGAACAGGAGUUGUUAGUAAUUCUGAAAAGCACGCUGACCAUAAAAGCACCCUGACCAAGAAAGUGCAUAUCCAAAGUGCUGUGUCCAAACUGAACCCUGGGGAGAAAGAACCCAUUCACCAGGGAACUCAUGAAACAAAUACAGACUCCGAAACUAGUCCUACACCGUUUCCUCGAGCCCCGUCCGACAAUGACAGGGCACAAAAGAAUUUGAAAAAUACAACCAGACCCCCCGAAGAACAUGCUGCCCAAGGAGAUGCUGAUCGUGUACAUUCCCCAAAUUUAGAUCCUUCACCAUCCUUAAGUUCAGUAACUGUCAUGCCUCCAAAACAGUCUCCUGAUUCGGACGUAAUUCCUUUGGUUGACGGGAGGACUGUUUUAGAAGGCGACCCAGCCAGCCCCUCACUUGUGGAGCGCUCUGGUAUUCCUAACACAAGUUUGACUGCUGGGGAAUCACAAGUCCUUAUGACAGGUGACAGCAAAGAAAGUGGGGCAGUUUCCACAGUAGAUACACCGGCAAAAGCAAGCGUGGAUAGCAAAAGACACAUUCCAGAAGGUUACCAGCCCACUGUGUUGCACAGUAAGCAGGGACAAGUAAACAUGCCUGUUGGUAGCAAGUUAACUGACACGAGGAUGGAAAGUGAGAGUGUUAACGCAGAAGAUGGCUUGAUGGACGUGGCCAGGAAAGAAAGUGACUUAAGCACAGAGCCCAGUUCAAAGCAGACAGUGAGAGCUGUGCAAGAAAAUGGCAAAAAGCAUGGCGUCACUGUUGACCCAGUGCUCGGCACGCGGACAGACAAAGCUGCCGAGACAGUUGUGCUCAAGUGUAGUAGUGGCCCAGGUGAAAUAGAAAACACAUCAGUUGAUGUUGAAAGAAGGACUGAAAACAGCGAGGUGGACACCAGUGUUGGAUGUAAUGCCACUUCCCCAGUUUUGCAGCAAAGGAGUGGAAAUGCUGAGGGUGUGACUGCCGGGCCUGGCAGAGCAGAAAAGUCUUCUUGUGCCACUAGUUCCGAAGGGAAGGGCGAAGGUGUUCCCUUCAAUACCGUGAAGGCGGGGGAUGCUACAACCACGUCCUCAGAAACAGGACAGGGUGAGGUGGCUGUGCCCUGCAUGAGCAUUGAGGCAGACGAAGGCUUCGUAGCAGGUGUCUGCUCUGGAAACAGUCCCCUUCACGUCGGGGCAGAAGCCAGCGAAUGCACUGUCUUCGCGGCGGCCGAAGAAGGCGGAGGCGUUGUCACAGAAGGGUUUGCCGAAAGUGAAACCUUCCUCACAAGCACCAAGGAGGGAGAGAGUGCAGAGUGUGCUAUGGCCGAAUCCGAAGAAAGGGCAGCAGACCCCGUGACUGCUCACGCAGUAACAAUUGAAGACAAUGUCAACAGUGGGGUGACAGAAGAGAAAGAUGAUGCUGUCACCAGUGCCGGCUCUGAAGAGAAGUGUGACGGCUCUUCACGUAGUGCGUUGGAAAUGGCAGAAAGAACUGUCACCUUUAUCAGUGAGGUUGAAAGCGAUGGCGCGGUGACAAGUGCUGGGACAGAAGUAAGGGAGGGCUCCUUAAGCAGUGAGGAGGUGGAUGGGUUCCAGAGAAAUGUGACAAGAACGGGCCCCAAAAAAGAAACCGAGGGGACUGUGACAUGCACCGGAGCGGAAAGGAGAAGCGCUGCUUUUGUCAUGUGCUCCGUCACAGGCGCAGAGCGACAGGAGGAGCGUGUGGUUACAGGCGCAGCUGUGGCCCUGGCGGGUAAUGACGCGCCACCAGGAACCAGCGCCCCCCAGGACGGAGACGCUUCUGUGAAUGACGGCACGGAAGGUGAGAGUGCCGUCACCAGCACUGGGAUAACAGAAGAAGAUGGAGAGGGGCCAGCCAGCUGCACAGGCUCGGAAGAGGGCAGCGAGGGCUUUGCUCUGAGCUCUGAAUCAGAAGAAAAUGGAGAGAGCGCAAUGGACAGCACGGUAGCUAAAGAAGCCACUAACGUGCCUUUGGUCGCCGCUGGCCCAUGUGACGACGAAGGCAUUGUAACGAGCACCGGCGCAAAAGAGGAGGACGAGGAAGGUGAAGGUGUGGUGACCAGCACCGGAAGGGGAAAUGAAAUCGGGCAUGCGUCCACCUGCACCGGGGCAGAGGAGGAAAGCGAGGGGGUAUCGAUUUGCGGAAGUGCCGAAGAAGGGGACGGUCAGAUUGGUACUGCGGCAGGGUGCGUGGGAGCUGAGGCCGGAGCCACCGUCACCAACGCCAACGAGAGCAGUGUUGACAGCUUGAGCGGUGCGGAGAAAGGCAUGAAAGAUCCGGAGAUCUGCUCCAGCGCCAAAGGCGUCGUGGAAAGCAGCGUGACCAGUGCAGCUUCAGGGAAGGGUGACGUGGCCCCAGUUCCCGGAGGUUGCGAGGCUCCCAUGACCAGUGCAGCUUCAGAUCACAGUGACAGUCUGCUCACCAGGAAGGAAAAAGUGGACGACACCACUACUUCCACUGGCUUGGUGGGGGGCAGUUACGAGGCACUCAGGUCGGGUGCAGGCCCACAAUGUGAAGCUGGGCACAUGUCGCCUGGUGGGAAGGAAGACGAAGGAAUCAUCACCUCUGGGGAAAAUGAAGAGUGUGAUGGCCUUCUGGCCACUACAGCCAGUGACACCAUUACCAACCCAGCUGGCGUAGCUGGGGGCAAAAGUCCAGGCAAAGGCUUGCUGAUUUCCACCAGCACGACAAACGAUUGCACCCUUCAGCUAAGCACAGUUGCUGAUGUACAGGAGGGUCAUUCAAGCGCACUGAGAGGUGGGGCAGAUGGGGAAGGUGCCGGCAUAAACGGGGAAGAAUUCGAGGCCCCCAUGCCCAGUGCGGUGUCAGGUGAGAGCCAGCUGGCUGCCGUGAGAAAUGAGGACAAAGACGAGUGUGCCAUGAUUUCCACGAGCAUCGGCGAAGAGUUCGAGGUGCCGAUUUCUAGCGCGACGACCCUCGCAUGUGCCGAAAGUCAGCCGCCGGCGGCCGCGGCGGAGGAGAGUGCCAAAGGCGCCGGCUCGGCGAGCGCCGACGACUUCGAGGUGCCCAUGCCCAGCGCGCCCACGCAAGCUGAAAGCCCCCUUGCCUCGACCAGCAAGGAGGAGAAGGACGAGUGCGCGCUCAUCUCCACCAGCAUAGCGGAGGAGCGCGAGGCCUCCGUGGCAGGCGCGCGGCCCGCCACCGCCCUGGAAGAGAAGGACAGCAGUGCCAUCAUCUCCACCAGCUCGGGGGAGGACUGCGAGGGCCCCGUGUCCAGUGCCGCCCCGCGGGAGGAAGGCCACCCCUCGGCCGUGCGAGCGGAGGAGGUCGGCGACACCGCCAUGAUUUCCACGAGCACCUCCGAAGGCCGCGAGGCGGUCAUGCGGGGUGCUGUCCCACGGGAUGAUGAGCGGCCCGCCGCUGCAAGGACAGAGGACUCCAGCGACACGGCCAUCAUCUCCACCAGCACGGCCGAGUGCGUGCUGCUUCCUGCCGGCCUCGACAGGCACGAGGAGAGCCCGCUGACCGCCAGCGUCACCGACAGAAAAGACCCCUCGGCGGCCAGGAGGAGCCGGGGCGAGGCCCCGACGCCCAGCCCGAUGGCUGCGAACAGCCCUCCACACCCAGCGCCGCCGCCAGGGGCCAGAGCCAUGGGCCCCGAGGACCGUCCCUGCGAGGUGCCACUGGCAGUGACAGAACGGAGCGAGAGCCCUUCGCCCCUCAUCGGCGUGGCAGAGAGGAGCACGUGGCCGAGCUCCAUUCAGAGAGGGCGGGGGGGCCAGGGGGCCGCCGCGGCAGGGCAUGACACCUGUUGGGCAGGGAGGGGCGAGCAGAGGGGAGCGGGCACACCCGAGGAUGGACAGGGGCGGACGGCCGGGGACGCCUCCCUCGGGAGCCGCUGUUUGCCGGCAGUGAGUCCUGGUGCCGGGAGGGCCGACAACCUGCCUCCUGUCCCAGACGCUGCAGCGCAGCCGCCCUCUCCUGGGCACUGUGGGGCGGCCGACCCCGGGAAAACCACCACCAGUGAAUGUGUUAAUGGCCGAGAGUCAGAAACUGGUCCUUCCCACGGGGCGCCCCUUCCAGCUGCCUGUGCUGUAGCUCCGUCGGCUCCAAGACAUGAGCAGGACUUGACCGUGACAAGUGACCACAACGGCGGACGGACAAUCCAAGGGUCCAGUGAGAAAGCAGGAGACGGUAGUGGCAUGAGGAAAUCAUUCCAGGAGGAAAGAGACCUCAAGGUCAUUGUUCCUCCUGAGGAGAAUUUGCACGAUAUAGGCACUGAAGAAUCUCCGUCGAGUGUUUUGGGAGGAUGGGCACUGAAAGGCAGCUUGAAAACUGAGACAUUUGUACCAUCAGAGGAAGAGAAAACCCAGGAAAUUCUAGCAGCACCAGAAAGUCUGCAUGGGAGACAGUCAAGUGGAGCAGCUGGACCACAGGGGGAGCCUUUCUCAGUGAAUGAAUCACUUAACGUCAAAAAUUCAGGCUCCAGAACAAAUGAAGAAAUUCAUGGCAAAUCUCAUAACCAAGAAGAGAUGUCCAAUGGCAGAAAAGACAACACAGAAGCCUUAAGAGAUCACAGUGUUGAAGCAAAUCCUAAAGAGGUUGAAGAGGAAGAAAGGCAGAUGCCUAAAAGAAAAAGAAAGAAGCAUUACCCCUCUUCAGAAGAUGAACAGGAUGAAAAUCCAGAUGUCCUAGAUUCCAGAAUAGAAACAGCACAGUGUUCUGAAACUGAGCCGCAAGAUACAAAGGAGGAGAACGCAGGAGAUCUGGAAGAAUUAUCUAAAAUGAGCUCUAAGACGAACAGCACUGCCUCACGGGCCACGGACGAAAAAGACGAAUACAGUGGCGGGGAAGCUGCUGGCGAAAAGACGGAGCAGAAUGACGAUGACACGGUGAAAUCUCAGGAGGAGGAUCAGCCAGUAAUUAUUAAAAGGAAAAGAGGAAGACCCCGUAAAUACCCCGUGGAAACAGUGUUAAAAGCAAAAGAAGAUUGCAAAACAGAUCCUGGUGUUGUCACUGUAGAACAGUCUCCACCUGGCAGCAAACCAAAAUUAACACAAGCAGAUGAGUCCAAUAAAGAAACCACUACCCCACAAGAAAGAAGUACAAGCAAUGAUGAUGGUGAAGAAAAAGCAGUAGCGAGCGUGCGUCGGAGAGGAAGAAAGCCCAAGCGCUCGCUCACUCUGUCAGACGACGCUGAAUCUUCAGAGCCAGAAAGGAAACGCCAGAAAUCAGUGUCUGAAGCCACCGAGGACAAGAAAGACCCGGAGUCUGAGGAGGACGAGGAAGAGGAGGAAGAGGAUGAGCCCUCGGGAGCCACCACGAGGUCCACCACCAGAUCCGAGGCUCAGAGAUCGAAGGCCCAGCUCUCCCCUCCUAGCAAGCGCAAGAGGGAGGCCAGCCCCCCCGGAGCCCGAACUAGAGGCCAGCAGAGGGUGGAAGAAGCCCCUUCGAAGAAGGCCAAGCGGUGAUCCUGGCCGCCGCCGCCCCCUGGCUUGUGGAGGACACCGCGGAGAGAGGAGGGACGAGCCUCGGGGCCAUAAGCUUUUUUUUUUUUUUUUUUUUUUAAACCAGGGAAAGGACAUGCAUGUGCUCUGAGUUUCUAGGUGCAAGCUUUUUCUUGUUCUGUUUUAAACAGCUUUAUAAACUACUGUUCAUAGAAGAUAUUAUGUACAUUUAUUUCAGAUAAAGGAAAAUAAGUUUACUUUGUAUCUGAACUCAAAACAAAGUAGUUGUAUAUUUUAACAUGUGAAAUUGGGAUUUCCCGAUGGGACACGUCACUAAUGCGAACCCUUCCAGCCCAUCAGACACCAGGCUGCCUACUGGUAAUCUGUGUACAGUAUAUAAACAUGUAAAAAUAGGUUGUAUUUUACUCUAUGUAUGAUGCUAAUCAAUGAACACUUUAUUUAUUUUACAGAGAAAACUUAUCUGUGAACUUUACUAUAUAUCUGUUUAUUUUAUUUUAUUAUUUUUUUUUAUAAAAAAAAGGGGUGGGGUGGGUUUCAAUGCUAUGCAGUCAUCAGUAGAGAUGUUUUAGGACGCUGCCUGCCUUGUAACUAUAUGAAUAUGACCCGGCAGGAAAUACAGAAUCUUCUCGCAUGUAUCCCAGUAAAGUAGUUUAGCUCCA